CACCGCACGCACCGCACGCACCGCGGAUGGCAACGGGUGGCCGGUGCGGUGUGGCGUCGGAGAGGAAGUCGGAGGGACUGGCGAUGGAGGAGUGGUCGGAGAGCGGCCGUGAGUGUCAAGUCAAUUGUCCUCAUGGGUAUCAUGGAACUCAAAAACAUCAGGAACAGUAUAACAAUUCAAGUCAAGGCAUGAGCCCCGAUAAACAUCGCAGUGAUCUUGCCUUCAUGGAAGAUUAUAGUAACUGGGAUAUCGUAAGAGCCACACAAUAUGGAAUAAUCGACAGAUGUAAAGAGCUGAUUGAAGCUGGUUAUGAUGUCCGACAGCCUGAUAAAGAAAAUGUGACCUUGCUUCACUGGGCAGCCAUCAAUAACCGAACAGAGCUUGUGAAAUACUAUAUUUCGAAAGGUGCGAUUGUGGAUCAGCUGGGUGGAGAUUUAAAUUCAACUGCUCUUCACUGGGCAACCAGACAAGGCCACUUGUCUAUGGUGGUGCUGCUGAUGAAGUAUGGAGCAGAUCCCUCCUUAGUCGAUAGGGAAGGAUUCACUUGUCUUCAUCUUGCAGUUCAAUUCCAGCAAAUGUCAAUCAUUGCUUACCUUGUAGCGAAAGGCCAGGAUGUAGAUGCUGCUGAUGUGAAUGGACAAACACCGUUAAUGCUUGCAACUUCCAAAAUAAUAGGGCCUGAGCCUACCAGAUUUCUCAUAAAAUUAAAUGCUUCAAUAAAUGCUGUUGACAAAUUGCACAAGAACACACCUCUGCACUGGGCAGUGCUAUCAGGAAAUGUAGCAGCACUGAACGUACUGUUAGUUGCUGGUGCAAACGUUGAAGUUAAAAAUGCAAUGGGUGAAACUCCUCUGGAGCUGGCCCAACAGCACAGAAAUCCUUGGAUAAUCCGUUGUUUGAUUGACGCAAAUGUUCAUAGAAGUAGAAGUCAUUUUAUGCUGAAGUUUCUCAAGAGUUUUGAAAAAUACAAGCUUCUCCUGUUGUUUUUGAUGGCAGUGGGAGUGAUCUGGGUGACAGGCUACAUAGCAGACUUGGAAUCUGACUCCUGGCUUCUGAAAGGCAUAUUGUUUGUUUCCACUUGGCUCAUAAUACAGCUUGUAAUAAGGCGUUUUGUGAGUAUGCAGACAUUUGGAUACAUUCCUUUGGCGUUUUUAUCAGCAUCACUUUUUUGGAUGAUUAUGACAUGGUUUAUCCGCUUCUUGCCUGAUUUGCCCGAUUCAAAAUUUCAGAUUCCCUUUGUUCUCAGCAUAACAGGUUGCAUCUAUUACUUCUAUAAAACCUGGACAGUAGGCCCUGGAUACAUCAAGGCUUCAGAGGAAGAGAAGAAAAAGACUGUUGUAGCACUUGCAGAGGCUGAUUGCUUAGACCCAAGGAUCUUCUGCACUUUGUGUCUUGUCCGCAAACCUCUCCGAUCUAAGCACUGUCCCAUUUGUGACUGUUGUGUAGCCAAGUAUGAUCAUCACUGUGUAUGGAUUGCAAGUUGUAUUGGUGCUUGGAAUCAGCGAUAUUUUGUUAGUUUCCUGUUUUUCGUGUUCACGUUGGUUCUGUGGAUGAGCUAUGGAGCGAUUGUGUACUGGUCCGUACAUUGUGUAACCAGCUAUGAGAAAGAUGGAUUGUGGGUACUCCUGACCCAAAUUAUUUCAUGUUCUCCAUGGAUAGUUUGGAUUUUUCUGCUUGUGAUAUUCCAUUCCUCAUGGGUCACGUUUCUGCUAUUAAAUCAGGUCUAUCAGAUUUUGUAUUUGGGUCUAACGACCAAUGAACGGCUCAAUCUGAUCAAACGUGCACAUUCUGGUCGUCUUCUUGGAAUUCAGCAAAAUCCAUUCAAUCGCGGCUGUUUCCAGAAUCUAGUGGACUUCUUCCAGUGCCGCUGUUUUGGUCUGCUCAAACCAAGCAAAAUUGACUGGAGUCAACAGUACACCAUGGGCUUUGAGCAGCCAAGAACAACUGAGUUUCAGUUUGUAUGAGAAGUGUGUGGGGGGGAAAAAUUGUAAUGAUUUGUAUGUAUAGACUUCUUGUUUGAUGGAAGGGCAGGCAAAUGUUUCUUAUCAGUUGUAUAAUUCAUGUGCAUCUCAGGUAAUAUGUGAUUUCAAUAAUUUAAAUUGUGAUUUUGUUUUAAUGGUGUGAGUCGUGCUCAACUUUAAGUCAUGGGGUACAAGUCCAAAGAAAUACUAUUUUGGGGGCAAAAUAUUAGUCAAAUAUUUGUGAAAUAAGAUUAAAAUUAAAUUGAUACUAUAAAUUAUAUAAAAUUGUACACUUUUUAACAAAAUAUUUUUGCAAUGAUUGUUUCUUGUUAAGAGACAGAAUGACUGCCUUAAUUUCAAAAAUUCAGCUUCAUAUGAGUUAGCCCUGAAUUCAUCCGAUCUUUUCAUCAUAUUCCCUCGUCUCUGACUGUACCAAAAAUCAGUCUGUUUUGGCUGUAUGGGAGUAUUUAUUGUAACAAAAAUUGGGGAAAAAUAUAUUUCUUUUAAUGUUCCCUUGUCUUUAUCCAGAUUUUCAGUCAUGUGCAGCAAGUAAACCUCUAAUAAAAUAUAGCAGAUGCUGGAAAUCUGAAAUAAAAAACCAAUGUGUUCAAAGUCAGACAGUUUCUGAGAAGAGAAAGAAGUUCAUGUUAAAGACCCGUGUCCUAAUAUGAAAAAACUCAUUGACCUGAAACAUUAACUUUUUCUGUGUCUAUUGCUGAUAGAUGGAUCUUUAAUCUAAAGGCCCAUGUGAAAAAUGCUGACAACCCAUAACAAACUAACUCAUCUGAAAACUUGUAGGCAUUUACAUCAUAAAGUUACUUGUACAGUA